AUGCCAAGCAACGACUGCGAGCCACAAGAUGAGCAACACAGCGCGGCGCUGCGGCAGGCGCUGUGGUCAGCCCGGUCUUAUGCUGUUUCGGAUGCUGCUGCUGGUGCUGCUGCUGUAGAAGACGAGAGCAAGUAUUCCUUCAGGCCUCGAAUAUCUGCGGAGUCGCAGGUCCUUGCUGCUGCUGCUGCUGCGGCAGCAGCAGCGGCAAGACCAGCGGCAGAGGCAGCAGCAGUAGGGAACUGCAACAGUGUGCACCUGCGCCUGUAUUACCAGGGACUCGAGUCAAGGCGGAAAAAGCAGCAGCAAAAGAUUCUGCUGCUGCGCCAGCAACAGCAACAGCGGUCGCGGUGUAGCGCAGUAACCGCCAGCAGCAGCAGCAGCAGCAGCAGCAGCGCUUCUUGCGGCCUGCUUAUCUCUCAGCAGCUCUACGAAGACGCACUAACGAGGAGGCGCAAGCAGCAGCAGCAGCUUCUCUUGCUGCAGCGAGAGCAGCAGCACCUCAGUAGCUCAUCCAAGCUAACGGCUGCGUCGCUCAGAGUCUUCAAGCAGCGGCUCUCCAAGGAACUCAAGCAGGCCUACGCCAGCCUUCAGCAGCAAGCCUCAGACGCCUCUGCCCUCCCGGCGCCUCUGCUCCCUGACUGCCUGCAGCUGCUGGGUAUUUUCCAGCACCAACACGAGCAGCAGCAGCAGCAUCAGCUGCAGCAGACCGACCCCGUUAUCAGGGCGAGGAAGCAACUGACCUUUCAAGAAGCCACAAAGAAAGAACUCCGAUUGGCAGACCGGCUCUGCAGCCUUCUGGACCCUGAGGGCUCGGGGAAGAUACAGCGAGAGCGUCUUUUCCAGUUUCUUGCUGGGCUCUUGUCGGACUGCAGCAGGAGUUGGAGUGGCAGCAGCAGCUGCUGCAGCGGUCACUGCGGCAGCAGCAAGGAACCCGCCCGUGACAGCAGCGGAAUCAGCAGCAAAUGUUCCUGCCCUCAACUCGCUGCAGCGACCAAAAGACUUGAGGAUAUAGGAAUCAGAGAAGGCGAAGCAGGAGUCAGCAGCGUCAGAGGUGCACACGCAGCAACACAGCUGCAGCAAGAAACUCUUGCAGUUUACGCUGAGCUGCGGCGCCUAAGUCGUGACUUCUUGCCGCUGCUUUUGAACCGCCAGAGGAGUUGCUUCUUCCGCAACAAAAGCCUCCGCCAGGCGCCCCCACAGGAGGCACAGCCAAAAGUGCGCUGCAGCUCUGCAGCAGUCACAGAAAGGCUUCUUGAACGCGGGCGGCAACGGCAGGCUCGAAGGGAGCUCUUGCAGCAGCAGCGGCAGCAGGAGCAGCAGCAGCGGUGCCCAGGAAGCCCCCGUUCCUGCACACCAAGGGGAAAUUCAGUGGGGGGCCCCUGGGGGCCCCCAACGGCGGCUCAGAAACAGCCAAAGCGGACGAAAGGAGGAGUGUCUCGACACGUGCAGUUAUUCGAGCUGGCGCAAUAUCAGCAACAGCAGCAAGAACAGCAAAAGCAGCUUCGGCAGCAACAACAGCAGCAAGAUGACUUGAAGGAAUGCACUUUCAGGCCUGACUUAGGCCUAUCUCAUAAAGCGCCUCGAGGCCUUGGGCCGGGCCCUCCUCCCCCUGUGGGCUUUGGAGCAGCCAUAGAACGGCUCCGGCGAGGAGCUGCAGACAGGGAGCGUCUUUUCAGGUUUUACCAUAACCGGCAAGCCCUAAACCCUAAGCCCACUCACAGCCAUGACUCAGAACAAACUCCCCUGGCGGAGGCCCUCAAACUCAAUCCCCCAAGCUUGCCACUGUCUUCUUGCAAAUCAAGCGAACCCUUAUUUCCCUUAAGUUAUAGCAUGAGCCUAGUAAGUAAACCCAACCAGAAUACGUCACCCUCACAUCUAGCUCUGGACUUCACGAGCUCGAGGGUCUUGUGA